CCCGAGGCGGAGAGGCGGGCGGGGCGGGGCGGGCCGCGGGCCCUAUAAACACCGGGCGCCGCCGCGCUCUGAGCGACCGGCGCUGCGUACGGGCGGCCGCGACGGGAGAGGGCUGGGAGCUUCGAAGGAGGUUAUUUCCAACCAGAAAUCAUGAACUGGCACUUCUCACUUCUCUUUCUUCUUGGGACUUUAACAUCCGUGUGUUCCCAGUUCAAUUUUUAUCCUCUGGAGGAACUUAGCUCUGAUGUAGGAAUCCAAGUCUUCAAUCAGAUAGUGAAAGCUAAGCCUCAGGACAAUGUAGUAGUUUCUCCUCAUGGAAUCGCAUCAGUGCUGGGAGUGUUGCAGCUGGGUGCUGAUGGCAAGACAAAGAAGCAGUUGACAACUAUGAUGAGAUAUAGUGUAAAUGGAGCAGAAAACCCUCCAAGAGCAGCUGGAAGCAAGGAGGAGAGCCAGCAUCAUGAGACCAGCCAGCUCUCCCCGGACCACCAGCAAGUGCUCCGUGGACCACCAGUGGUCCACAGAAUACAGUUUGAGAACCUCUGUUAUGGAGUUGGUAAAGCGUUAAAGAAGAUAAACAGGCUCAUAGUCUCAAAAAAGAAUAAAGACAUUGUUACAAUUGCUAAUGCAGUAUUUGCAAAGAGUGGCUUUAAAAUGGAAGUGCCUUUUGUUACAAGGAACAAAGAAGUGUUUCAGUGCAGUGUCAAGAGUGUGGACUUUGAGGACCCAAAUACAGCCUGUGAUUCUAUCAACCAGUGGGUGAAGAAUGAAACAAGGGGUAUGAUUGAUCAAGUUGUAGCUCCAGAUGACAUUGACAGUUUAACCAGACUGGUUCUAGUAAAUGCUGUAUACUUCAAGGGCUUAUGGAAAUCACGAUUUCGACCUGAAAACACAAAGAAACGGCCGUUUCAUGGAGCUGAUGGGAAGAUCUACCAAGUUCCCAUGUUGUCCCAGUUAUCCAUCUUCCGCUGCGGUACUACAAGUACUCCAAAUGAGCUGUGGUAUAACAUAAUCGAGUUGCCAUACCACGGAGAAAUGAUAAGCAUGCUGAUUGCUUUGCCCACGGAAAACACAACGCCACUCUCCGCUAUCAUUCCACACAUCAGCACAAAGACAAUAGGAAGCUGGAUGACAACCAUGGUAGCCAAAAGAGUGCAGGUUAUUUUGCCUAAAUUUACAGCAGUAGCAGAAACAGACUUAAAGGACCCUCUGAAAGCACUUGGUAUUACAGAUAUGUUUGAUGAGUCAAAAUCAAACUUUGCAAAAAUAACAAGAACAGAAGGUCUACAUGUAUCUCAUGUUUUGCAGAAGACGAAAAUUGAAGUUAGUGAAGAUGGAACCAAAGCUUCUGCAGCAACAACUGCAAUUUUAAUAGCCAGAUCAUCCCCUCCUUGGUUCAUAGUAGACAGACCAUUUGUAUUCUUCAUCCGGCACAAUCCUACAGGUACAAUCUUGUUUAUGGGACAAAUAAACAAACCUUGAAUGUGGAAGACUUUCUUCAAGAAGUAAACAGAUUCAUGUGACACACCCCUGUUCUGUUAAAUAUUUUGUAUGCUACUCUGACUUCACUCAAGAACUAGUGUUAACCACUGACUAGGUUUUGAAAUGAGAGUCAAUGUAGUUCUGGCUUUGUGGGGAAAAAUACAGAUUGAAAACUACAGUAUGUCUUUGAAAUGUCUAGAAGAUUCUCUGAACUACUGAAUGGUUACCCAUGCUAACAAACUUUUGAGCUUUUUCUGUAUCUACUAAGAAUUUUAUGUAUGGCUUUUGUGAGAGGAUUUUAACAAAGAAUGUUAAACAUUUCUAUUAAUGUUGGUUUCUUGUGUGUGGAAAAGGUCUAAUUUGUAGAUACCUCUAUCAAGAUUACUUCUGAUCCUUGAGUAUCUUGAUACUUGGGUGUUCUUGGUAGAAAUAGAUUAAAAGUUCUAGCAGUUUUUAUUUUAUAUAGUGCAUGUAUCACUGAGAGUUUUAAAACUAAUGUGAUGUUAGAUACACAUCGCGUUGUCCUGUCUUAAUGUAAUGUAAACUUGUCAUUGCUAGAUUGCUAGUAUACACUUUCUAUUGGAUUUAAAUUUUAUAUUUGUUUUUGUACAAAGGAAAAAAAUAAAACCGCAUUAUGAACAGUCA